CGAGUCGGGCGAGUGUAAAUAUGCUACUGUCAAUACAAUAAAAUCCCCAGAGUUUUGGUUGAGUGAGAUAGCGAGAGUGUGUAUAGCGUGUAGGUAUAGUAAAGCGAGUAAAACAUUGGUCCAAGUGAAAAAUAUUUCAUUCAACUUCUCAGACGGGACGGACGGGUCAGCUUGAUAGAAGACGAAUGCGCUCACUGACGGGCGCAGUGUGUGACGAAUAAAAAUAAAAGAAAACGAGUGUAGUUUUGUCGCGAUUUUUCCCCCACGCAAUAUGGCAGCAAAAGUCUAUUGCCCAUAAGAAAAAGGAAUAAUCGAGUUAUUUUGGUGGCGAUCCGGAUGCGAUCGGUGGACGUACGGAAGUUUAUCCUCAGCAGCAGCAUCAGUCAGAAAAGAGGGCAUCGUGUGUUGUUUUUAGGCGUGUGUGUACGUUUGUCUGCUCCCUCUGAGUGGAGGAAAGUCUAGAAGAGGAAAAAAAUAUCCACGGCGCAACCAACAUCGCGGUCGCGGUCAGAAGGAAGAAGUAGUAGGCAAUCGGUAGUGGAUUGAGAGUGGUAACAUUCGGAGGAGUCUACAGGAAAGAAGACGGGCACAGAAUUGCAGCAGUGCAGUGUGUAAGCGAAAAAAUACGUGCCGUGGGGGAAGUGCAUAGUGUUGAAAAGUUGAAUCAUUGGAAAAUCCCCUCCCCGUCGUGUGCUUCGAGAAAGGUAGUGAAGUGUGUGUGUGUGGGUUUGGAAAAGGUUUUCCUCUUCAAUAGCCUAGUAGCGCAAACAGGGAACGGGGCAGAGCUCCCCGCAGAGGCGACGACGGAUAAUGGCCGAUCAGAAUGAAAAAAUCCUACACCGUCUGCUGCAGAUUGAUGGCAACAACGAGUGCGCGGACUGCGGAGCAAAAAGUCCCGAAUGGGCUUCGUACAACAUUGGAAUCUUUCUGUGCACACGAUGCUGUGCCGUGCACCGGAGCAUGGGUGCCCACAUAUCGAAGGUCAAGCACCUGAAGCUGGACAAAUGGGAAGACAGCCAGCUGGAGCGGAUGAUAGCGGUGGGAAACCGGGCCUCGAAGCAUAAGUACGAAACGCGAGUACCGGCGUGCUACCGGUUGCCGAGGGAGAAUGAUCCACAAGUGCUGAUCGAGCAGUGGAUCCGCGCCAAGUACGAACGGCUGGAGUUCUGUAUGAACGAACGCCCGGCCUACACAUCCGGUCACAUGGAAGGUUUUCUGAUGAAGCGUGGCAAGGAGGACAGUCGCUAUCAGUUGCGCAAAUUCGUGCUGUCCGAGGCGGACGACACCCUGCGUUACUACGUCAAAGAGAAACGUGAACCAAAGGCAAUCCUAAGAAUUUCCGAACUGAACGUGGUCUUCGCUCCGGCCAAGAUCGGUAACCCGAAUUCGCUGCAGCUGACCUUUAUGAAGGACGGCACAACGCGGCACAUCUACGUGUAUCACGACGACCCGAAGGAGAUCAACAACUGGUACAUGGCGGUACGCUGCGCCAAGUUACACCGUUUUCAGAUUGCCUAUCCCAGUGCUUCCGAGAGUGAUCUAGUCGAUUAUCUGACGCACGAUUUCGCCCGCGAGGGUUGGCUGCUCAAAACGGGACCACGGGCGACCGAUAGCUACAAGCGGCGAUGGUUCACGUUGGACGAUCGAAAGCUGAUGUACCACGAUGAUCCGCAAGAUGCGAAUCCCAAAGGUGAGAUUUUCCUCGGCAAUCGCAUGGACAGCUACAGCGUCCGGAUAGGGGCACCGGUCGGGGCGAGGGAUCAGGGUUUUAGCUUUACGUUGUUCACCCCGGAACGGACGUACAAUCUGUCGUCGCACAGCGAACAGGACCGUGACGAAUGGAUGACCGUCAUCCAGAAGGUGCUGGAUAGACCGCUCAGUCCGCAGGAUAGUUCGAUAUCGGCACGACUGAUCCGCAAACGUGGAGGCACCAACUCGAUAAACAUCUUCACCGGCAGGUAAUAACUUUUGAUUCGCCUCCGUGUGUAUCUAUUAUGAUAAGUUUUAGCAAUCACUACUGUGAAAACAUCAACUACAACAGCCCACACUAUAAUAACCGGUCGCGAUCGUGAUCCGAUCGAUUGGCCAUCAGCUACCGAUGCUCUAGUAUGUAUGCAGGAAGGGAAAUUGUAAAACAAUUAAUUUAUAAUCAUUGUCAUUAUUGAAGGAGGGCUUUCAGCGUUUAUGUGAAGAAUCGUCUCGGAGAUUACUUUUUUUUUCUGUUUCUGAGUGGAGGAUGGAUGGUUAGAUGCUUCCACCCGACCAUGGUAGAUGUAGUGAAUAUUCUACAUACCCACACACACUACUGCACACGCCCCAGCUGCCACACUCAGGUGCUGCAGUGAGUAGGACAGUCAGCGCCGGCACCGUAAAAAGUAGUUCCCUUUUUUUGAAAAUAUUUUCUUGGUACGAAUAUCUGUUUUCUUAUGGAUUAUGUAAGAAGGGUAUCUUAUGGAUAAUCGAUAUAGGUAACUUAUUAAAGGAUAUAAAUCUAAAAGCAUUGAAGGUAAAUCUUAUUAGAUCAAACGCUAGGCACAUGUUGUUUUAAGACCAUAAAAAGCGCAAUCUGAUUUGCAUUUUAUUCAGAGAACCUUCAACCUAGUCAAUCGUCCUAGCGGGUGGAAGGAAUCGAGGAAGCACAACGCCCAGCUGCGGCCGCAUACAAAGCUACGAAUGAAUACAUACCUACUCAAUCACUGCCUGUUUUGCCUAUUCUACCGACUUUGAUACGGAAGUAUUUGUAGUAGAAGGGCAUUAAACAAAUCGAAUUGGAGCGUAGAAUGUUACACCCCAACAGCAACAACUACAGAGAAUUGAUUUCAACUCUUCUUGGUAUGGAAACUAUUUUACAAUCCCUUACCACAACACAAUAGAUUACGAACAUACCUAACUACAUACAAUAAGGCUGAUUUUCUUUAGAACUGUAAUGCAAUAGGAUUAUUUAUUUUUAUGUUAUUUUUUAGUCAAUUUUUUACCACCGAAUCAAACUGUUGAUGAACAACUUCUCUCCUUUUAUAAUUAGUCUAUUAGGUAAAAAGAAGCCUGUGUUGUGCCAACUCGAUUUUUCUCACCCCGGGACGGUUGACUGUACGCCAUUAUCUUAUCGGUGUGUUUCAUGUUGGAUGCAUGGUUAUUGAGUGGUAUUUUUUUAGUUUCCUGAAACUGGGUCUGGAUGAAUUUAAAUUGAACAAAAACUUCAGUUCAUAUGGGCAUUUGUUGUCGAUUUUAAGUUUCUUGGAGUAUUUUGAUAUGAACGAAAUAGAAGCAUAAUUUUAGAUACGACUAUGAAGACACUUUGCUUCCAUAAUCUUAUUUAUUAAGGCUAAAAUAUCUCAAAUGUUUAACAAGUUAACGAAAAGAACAGCAAAUCAUAAGUUCUCCUUUUUCUGGGAGGCGACACCAGUUUAGCUUCUGCUUUCGUCUGUGCCAUUUCCUAGUAUUAUCUUCUAUUUGUUUUUGCUCGGGGCAGGAAUUUAUCCGUUCUUGUUCUUGAUUCCGUCAUAAUAAAUGUUCCCCUUUUGGUUGAGGAAUAAAGCUGCAGGGUGGAAGGAUUUCCAUUUUCACGUUCAUAUAUACACCUCGUACACCAGUGUGCACGUCAAGCUGCUUUUCGUACUUUCCCAGUACCAACGUUAGAUCACGAUCCGGUACUUCUGGUGUCUAAUCAUAUAGUCGCACGUAUUGUCUCUCGCAGACGACAUACGUAAAUAAUGCAGGGAGGCAAAGGAACGUAAGAAUUCCAUACGAAUUUCUGACAAAAGCAUUUAUUAUGGGAAUCAUAAAUUUGACACAAACAAGCGAUGAUACUGAUAUUUGACCGUGCAUCAGAACCCUGGGCAAAACUCAUAGGCGAAUAAUCUCACGCAAGAGAAUUGAGUUCGUCAGACUUGGCGGUUUGACAGACUGUCUAUGACUUUGACAGUUGACAUCUAAUUCCAUGAUAUAAUCGAUGUUAUCACUCAACUGAUCACUCCGCCACUGCAUCCAACAGGAAAACACCGUGCAAACAAAAAAUACGAAAAAUACAACCCUCAAUACUUUCAGGUCAUUUUUUAGUUUUAUCAAGUUGCGAAGAUAAUUAACCUAUUGAAAAAAGUGUAAAAGAAACACUAAAGAAGAAGAAGAAGAUGAUUCAAAUAGUGAACUUUAAUAACCAUGAUUCAUUAUCAUCACCGUUCGAUUCGAAUUCGAAGCCGGAUGCGACGAACAAACGGUACAUGUUAUUACAGACAAACAAGUAACGCAUAAUGGCAUAGAACUUUUUCCUAGGCGAUAAGAAUUAGAUAGACAAAACUAAUAAUUGAAUUGACUAAAUUCUAUGAAAAGCGACUACACAUUCAUACAUCUCGUACUAGUAAAUAACCAUAUUGAAACAAUUAGGGCUUAUUUUGGUUUGACUAGUUUAUUAUACUUUUCCAGCAGUAGCAAUUCAUGUUUCCAUUUUCCCAUAUAGGUAUAUUUUUAUUUCACUGUUGCUCAAAUACAAUUAUGAACUAUCUUCCGUUCGUUGCAACCGACACUGCUUGAUCACUGUGACCGUUUGUUCUCCUGUUGUUUUCUUUUCUCUUUCGAACGAGUAUUUAAGCAAUCUAUUAAGCAUGCAUUAGGCACUUUUUCUGGGGGAAAAUGCAAUCUUAUUUAAACAUAUUUUUUCUUGUGUAAUCAUAUAAAAUCUAAAUCGAAAUAAAUUUAAUCCAAUAAAUGAGGAAAGGAGACAGGAAACGUGAAGCGAAAAGUAAGAAAAAUCUGCCAAAUAUAGGUAAUGUAGAUUGAGAGAACCGAACGAUUUAUCGCGCACCCCUACCACCUUACUUGUAAUAGGGCAUGUGGUUCUGAGAUAGCAGAGCCGAAUUAUAGUCAGUAGGGAAAAGGAAAAGCAAAGAGUUUGAGGAGAAAAUAGCUCUGAUUAGAUUUAGACAAGAGAAAAUCAUUUGCUACGAGGAAACAAGAGACUAAUAACUGGGAAAAGAAAUUAGCGUGAGGAAAUCAUAAAGACUAGAGAAAAAAUAAACGAUCUAGAGUUAAGAAUAAAACAGAGGAAAGGUUUGAAACGAAA